UAUUGAAAUCAUUCUUAAUAGUCCACCACUAUACCAAAAAAAGAAGGAAAAAAUUACGUGUAUCACUUCAUUACGCUACUAUUAAAAUACCAUACUACUAUAUAAAUCAUUAACCAAAAUUUAUGAUCCAUCCAUGUCCACAAUUCCCUUUGAAACCAUGGUUUUAUCAAAAGAACAUCUAGUUUCAUUUUCAAUCACCUUCCUUCUUUGUUUCAACUUGGUAAAUUCUCAAAUCCUUGGUCCAAUAUUAUCCCCAAUACUCCCUCCAAUAUUAUCCCCAUUAGUCCCUGACCUCUUAAAUUUUUUAGAUCAAAGACUUGCUAUAGUUUUCCCAAUCAUUCAAGCCUUCAAAAACACAAUAACAUCUGACCCAUUAGGAAUAACCUUAACAUGGGUUGGUCCAAAUAUAUGCAACUACAAAGGCUUCUACUGCGACAACCCGCCGGAUAAUCUCUCGGCCACCACCGUCGCCUCCAUAGAUUUCAACGGCUUCCAACUCUCCGCCCCUUCUCUUGACGAUUUCAUCGAUCAACUCCCCGACUUAGCUCUUUUCCAUGCAAACUCCAACAAUUUCUCAGGUACCAUUUCACCAAAAAUAGCAUCACUCAAAUACCUAUACGAACUUGAUCUUAGUAACAAUCUUCUCUCAGGAACAUUUCCAUCUUCGAUCCUAAACAUGCCAACACUUUCAUUUUUAGACAUUAGGUACAACCUCUUCACUGGAACAGUACCUCAACAAAUCUUCAUAAAAGAAUUGAGUGCAAUUUUCCUCAACAACAACAACUUUCUUCUAACACUUCCCAACAACAUAGGCGAAACAACAGCUUCUUAUCUAACUUUCGCUAACAACAAAUUCACCGGUUCAAUUCCUAGUACCAUAGGAAAAGCCUCAUCAACAUUACUCGAAGUUUUAUUACUAAACAACCAAUUAACAGGUUGUCUUCCAUAUGAAAUAGGGUUCCUUAAAAACCUCCAACUUUUCGACGCAGGUAACAACCUUUUAACAGGUCCAUUACCGUUUUCUUUAGGGUGUUUGAAGAAGGUGGAACAGUUAAACUUUGCUAGGAACAUGUUGUACGGUCAGGUUCCGGAAGUGGUUUGUUCGUUGGGGAAUUUGGAGAAUUUAACGUUGUCUUAUAACUAUUUUAAUAGAGUUGGACCGUUGUGUAGGAAGCUUAUAAAAAGUGGUGUGCUUGAUGUGAAGAAGAAUUGUAUUUUUGAUCUUCCUGAUCAGAGACCUAUGGAGGAUUGUGUGAAGUUUUAUGCGGUUCCAAGAACUUGUUUGGGUUCUGGGUCGUUUACGGUUAUACCAUGUCAGCUUCCAAUGAAACCUAGAGGGGGUAAUAAAAGACGUUUGUUGUCAUAUUCUGCUCUUGAGAGAAAAAGAGUUGAUUUGUAACUCACUUUAGAUUAAACAUUUUAGCUUAAUCCAAUUGUGGACUUGUGGUGUAUUGUGCAUAGCAAAAUCUUGAUCAUUGCUCAAUACUAACUAACUUGAUACUAUUUUGGUUAAACAAUUGAAUAAAAAUUGGUAUGUAUAGUUGGUAGUGAUAAAAUAGGAGUACUUCAUAGAGAGCUUCCAAAUAUGCGACACGUUUUAAAGAUUUGUGACCUGAACAUUUACUAAUGUCAACCCUAAUGAUCAUAUUAAUUUGUUGCAUA